CCUGCUCCGCCGCCUGCUAGGAGCGGCCGGUGCUCGCCGGUGCUGCGCGACAGAACUUUAGUAGCGUGACGAGCGUCGAUCCGCUUGUUUCGUGUAUUUUGCGCUCUUCUUGCCACUCUACUUUUGCGGGUUGCGUUCGUUUUCCCAUUCCUCGUCAUCUUUUCUUUCGUGUAAUUCGCGCGCUAUACGACGAGGCACGGCCGUUGAAUCGAGUCGAGUUGAACUCAGUCUUUCCGGUCCGAUCUCUAGCCCGGUCGAGUCGCGUCGUGUUGCGUCGAGACGGGACGAGACGAAACGCGCGCGCGCGCGCGUGUGUGCUAUCGAUACACUCGGUGAACGAACGCAGGAGCCAACGAUCGAGGGAGGCAGGACUUUAGGAGCGGAGAAGGAGCGAGAGAGAGAGAGAGAGAGAGAGAGAGAGAGAGAGAAAAAGAUACGUUGAGAAGUUAUUCGAAGGCAUUCGAAUACAUUUUGGUAACUCAGGUGAGGAUAACUGAUUUUGCGUGCGAGAUACAUUACUACGAUGCAGAGCAACGGUUCGGAGAGUGUAGGAUCUGAAAACGGAGUCGACAAAUCGGGAUGGACAGUUGGAUUAAUCAACGGAAAGAUUAAGUAUUUAACGGCGGAGACGUUUGGUUUUAAAAUCAACGCCAAUGGAUCGAGCUUGAAAAAGAAACAAUUGUGGACUUUGGAAGGUAGCGAGCAUCAGGUCUUUCUUCGCUCUCACUUGGAUCGAUAUCUAGCAGUCGACCAGUUUGGUAACGUGACGUGCGAGAGCGAGGAGUCGACGGAUCCAGGAUGCGCCUUUCAAAUACAGCUCGCUUCCGAUGGUAGCGGACGAUGGGCGCUAAAAAACAUUCAGAGAGGCUACUUCUUAGGAUCGAGUCAAGAUGAAUUGAAGUGCACCGCUAAGGCUCCAGGCGAGGCAGAAUACUGGCUCGUGCAUCUCGCCGCCAGACCGCAGGUGAAUCUUCGAUCUGCUGGGAGAAAACGUUUCGCACACUUGAGCGCUACUCAGGAUGAGAUCCAUGUGGACGCACCGGUUCCCUGGGGUGAGGACACCCUAUUUACUUUGGAAUUUCGUCCGGCGACCAUGGCCGAUGACGACAGCCACGGGGGGGAUCGUACCAAGUCGGAAGGCGGCCAUUACGCUUUGCAUACUUGCAAUAACAAAUACCUCGCACGUGACGGCAAGCUUCUGGACGCUUGCACGCGAGACUGCCUGUACGCCGCGGAGUUCCACGCCGGUCUCCUUGCUCUUCGAGAUAUACACGGCGCAUAUUUGGCACCGAUUGGAAGCAAAGCUGUCCUGAAAUCACGAUCGACGACUGUUACACGCGAUGAGCUCUUUUCGUUGGAAGAAUCUCUGCCGCAGGCAUCGUUUGUCGCGGCGUUAAACCAGCGAUACGUUUCCGUGAAACAAGGUGUCGACGUAACCGCCAAUCAAGACGAAAUCUCCGGCCACGAGACAUUCCAAUUAGAAUUUGAUCGGGUGACGAAACGGUGGUACGUGCGAACAAUGCAAGAUCGUUACUGGAGCUUGGAGGCAGGUGGUGGCAUUCAGGCUUCUGAUCACAAGCGCUCGUCGAACGCUCUCUUCGAUUUGACAUGGCAGUCGGACGACGGUACGGUCGCGUUACGCGCCAACAACGGCAAAUUCCUGGCUACCAAACGGUCCGGGCAUCUCUACGCGAACGCCGACUCGCUCAACGGCACCGACUCGGACGCCGCCAAGUACUACUUCUAUCUGAUGAAUAGGCCCGUACUGGUACUCCGAUGCGAGCAGGGUUUUGUCGGGCCCAAAAGUGCGGCUAGUCCUAAACUCGAAUGCAACAAGGCCGUCUACGAGACGAUACGCGUCGAGCGUUGCGAGCGCGGUGUAGUCAGAUUCAAAGGGCAAAACGGCAAGUAUUGGCACGCGGACAGCGAAGGAGUAACGGUGGAUUCCGAUAUGCCAUCUGAUGGUUUUUACCUGGAGCUGCGUGAACCAUCUCGAAUUUGCAUCAAGUGCGUGGACGGUCGAUAUCUCACUGCUGGUAAGAACGGCGCGCUGCGUCUAGGAGAAACCGACUACGAGUCCGCCACCAAGUGGGAAUUCUAACACGGAUGACGCGCAACAAACGUUCGGACUUAUUCUACUUAUUACACUGCCUCCUCAGCUUUGGUCGUAACGUAGUACUGUUAUUGUAUGUAUUCCCCGAACAACGACAGGAAUUUGUGCAGUUUUGCUUCCCGUCGCGUACUUAAUCGAGCGUACCUACUUACCUAGUUACCCACCUAUCUGCACCAGCGUCACCGUGUUACUUUGUUGACGUUUGACUAAUUUCUUUCUUCAAGUCCAUCUCGAUAUAAAAAGUUUGGUAAAGUUUCGCACACAUUUUGCCAUUUACCGUGACUGACGACCCGAUCAACUGACACGAUUUACCUAAAUAACGCGAUAGUUUGAGAGAUGCCGAGAGAGUUCUCAUAGAGAGCGGUUCUGUGAACGGCUAUCCAUUUUAUACGUAAUACAUACUUUUAUAUCCAUAAUGUAUCGCCUAAGUAAGCAAUCAGCUUGUCAUGCUGCGGGUUCGACUUUAUUUUCGAUAUUUUAUUUGUUUAUUUGUAAUCGCGACGCGCGUUUAUUGAUCUUUGAGAAAUGCGAUCAAUGACGAACGAACGAUUUGAUAUCGAUGAUCGAUCUUAUGGUGUGUCGCGGAAAGUAAGCAUUGAAUAAUAUGAGAGUUAUCGAUGGAAAAAGAUCUUUCUUAAACCUUGUGUCCACGUGUCCAGAAAUCGGCCCGAGAUCUAGAUACGAGAAAAAAACAACUAAUCCAUUUGCAGCUUUUAUGGAAAGGCGACAGUUUUAUUGGUUAUACGUUUCUCAGAUUGAGAUCUCGAACUGAUUUCUAGUAUCGUGGACACGAUGGCUUUAUACUCGCAGUGUGGCAACGAGCUUUCGCUAUCGUUGUUAUAGUUUUGCGCAUUUUACACGUUAGGCAAAUAUACGCAUACUUGACGAUUAUGAUCAUCCGUUCGAUCACUGCCCUGCGCUCGGGGGUUUGAGAUACCCUCGAGCCGAUUCCCCCUCUUCUUCCUCUUUUUCAGGCUUUAUUGUCAAAGUAUCUGUUACGAUCGUAAGUUAGGAAAAGUACAUUUAACGGAACGUGAGAGUUUCGCUGUAUACCCCACGCAUGCUUCGCACGUAUUAGCCUAUACCGCGUAUACACAUACAUAUAAGCGAAAUAUGCCGGACUAAGGCUUGGUGAUGGACAGAGCAACAGGAUACGGAUUCGAGUUUCCAUUCGCUUUUAUGCUCGCGCGAGAUUAUACUUUGAUACUCGGUUAUAAUGCGUUUUUAAGGAAUAGGUUAGCAAACCGAUAAUUUCACUCUUGUGCAAUUUCAGCGUUAACGUAAACGUUAUUACGAUCAUCGUCAACAAAAUUGACAAGGAACGCGUUGUAUUUUGUCUGAAAACGUUUGCGACACUGAAUUUUUCAAUAUGGUUCAUCACACGUAUACCAUAUGCAAUUAUAUGUACGGAAGGUGCGGGAAAUAAAGUAGCGCUGGUGUUAUGACAUUGAAGUACAUACGCCAGUCUCGUGUAAAUGUACACACGCGCGUUUGCUUCUUCACCAACAUUAUCACUAUAAUCAUAGCAUGACAUUAUGUAGUACACUUUGUGCGCGCUUUGCGUCACACCAUUUUUACAUCUUACGAGCAAAACGCGUAAAAUCUAUGAUGCCAAGUGUACAUGGAAACGAUCUAUCGAGUGUUGCAACAUUUUUUUAUCGUCCGGUCAAGACCUUCGAUCGGAUCCGAGUCUCGACCUAUCAUAGUGAUUAGUAGAUAUUAAUCCCUUGAUAUUAUGUAAGCGGCAAUCUCUUUUUACUACUUUUUCACGGUAAAUACAUUAAAAACAAUGGAUGUAAUAAAUUAAAGGAUGUAAUAAAAGAAUUUUUUAUCAAUUAGAAAGA